GAAAUUUCUCCGUAACCACCACCACCACCCCACCCCACCCCCUAAACCCACCACCACCCACCCCCGCGCUUUUUAACUUUCUUCUGCUUUUUUAAUGGCCGUCUGCACAAAUCACACUGAUUAUCGUUUCAAUCAAGCAGGAAGCUAAAAUUUUCAAACCCUAAUUUUUUUUAUCUUCGUCAUUACUCUGCUUUUUCCAAUUGCAAAAUGAAGCUCCGCUCUCAUGGCGAUGGCGCUUCUUCUUCCAAAGGGAAAGCGAAAUUGAAGUACGGAGACAGUUCUGAUGCGGAAGAUUAUGGAGCGGCGUCAUCCGAUUCUGAUUUUAAUGUGCUGAGUGGUGAUGAAGGUGAAGAUCUGCUUGAUGUACUUGCAUACAGCGCGGAGGUUUUCAAUUUGAAUUAUGUUAGUGAUGAAGAUGGUGUCCCGAAAAGGAGGAAAAAGAACUCCUACGGAAAAAGGGGAAGUCAGAGUAGUAAAAAAGCUGAGGAAGAAGAGAGUGAGAGAGGCACCGGUGCACAUAUUGAGACUGUUAUUGGCAUCGAUCCAGGGAAAAUUGAAUUUGCUGGUGGCAUAGCUGAGAAAUCUUGUAGGAAAAAGAAGGGUAGGAAGAAAAAAGAUAGGCCUAUAUUAAUGUGGGAAGUAUUAGAACAAGAAAAUGAUAGAUGGAUUGAAGAGAAUUUACAAAUAGAUAUGGACUUGAUAAAUCAGAAUGAGAUAGUGAUGGAAACUGUUGAGCCUUCAGAUGACUUGAUAAUACCACUACUAAGAUACCAGAAGGAGUGGUUAGCUUGGGCUUUGAAGCAAGAGGAAUCUACUGCCCGAGGUGGCAUACUUGCAGACGAAAUGGGAAUGGGCAAGACUCUCCAGGCAAUAGCGCUCGUUCUAUUCAAAAGAAGUUUCUCAUCAGGAAUUCCCGAUCCUGCUUUACCCUCAUCUUCAAUCAGUUCCUCAAGGGAGUUACCACCGAUAAAGGGUACACUUGUUAUAUGUCCCUUGGUCGCUGUGAUGCAGUGGGUUAGAGAGAUUGAUCGGUUCACUUCCAAGGGAAGUACCAAGGUUCUUGUGUAUCAUGGUGCCAACCGAGCAAAAUAUCUUUAUCAGCUUUCAGAUUAUGAUUUUGUUAUAACAACAUAUGCAAUUGUUGAGGCAGAAUUCAGAAAAUAUGUGUUGCCUCCUAAAGACAAAUGCCAGUAUUGUGGAAAAUUGUUUUAUGAGCAUAAGUUGAAAAUUCACUUGAAAUAUAUGUGCGGUCCUGGUGCUGUUCGGACGAUUAAGCAGGCAAAGCAGCAAAGAAAGGAACUAAAGUGCAAGAAAACGCCGGAUCUUGAGGUUCAUACAAGUGAGAUAAAAAAAGGGAAUAAAAAUGGCAAUGGUCGCAAGGAAAUGGAAAAUGAUGAUUCAAUUGAGAGUUCAGAUGUGACUGGCCUAACAUCUUCCAAGGGAAAAUCUAUUUUGCAUUGUGCAGCUUGGGAACGCAUUGUAUUGGAUGAGGCUCAUUGUAUUAAAGAAAGACGUAGCAAUACAACUAGAGCUGUUCUUGCUCUACAAUCUAAAUAUAAAUGGGCUUUAAGUGGUACUCCCCUUCAGAAUCGUGUGGGCGAGCUCUACUCCCUUAUUCGCUUUCUACAGAUAGUACCUUUCUCGUAUUAUUUCUGCAAGGAUUGCGAUUGCCGUACUCUUGAUUACAGUUCAGCAGAAUGCCCGGGUUGUGAGCAUAAAAAUGUUCGGCACUUCUGCUGGUGGAAUAGAUAUGUUUCCACGCCAAUAAAGAUUCUGGCCGGAAGGGGGGGCGGUAGAGGUGCUAUGAUUUUGUUAAAGCACAAAAUCUUGAAAAGCUUAGUGUUAAGGCGUACAAAAAAGGGCAGAGCAGCUGAUCUUGCACUACCUCCUAGAAUUGUUACCUUGAGAAGAGAUUCUCUCGAUAUUGUGGAAGAAGACUAUUAUACAGCACUCUACAAUGAAAGUCAAGCACAGUUUAAUACAUAUGUCGAUGCAGGAACGUUGAUGAAUAACUAUGCCCACAUAUUUGACCUACUGACACGCCUUCGUCAGGCAGUUGAUCAUCCCUACCUUGUGGAAUAUUCUCUUACUGCAAUGGAAAGAAAGGGCAAAACCGUUGAUACUAGAAGUGAUGCAAAAUGUGGUUUGUGUAAUGACACCGAAGAAGACACUGUGGUUACAUCAUGUGGGCAUACCUUCUGCAAGCCCUGUUUGAUUGAUUUUAGUGCUAGCAUGGGACAAAACUCGUGCCCUACUUGUUCAAAGCCACUUACUGUUGAUUUCACCUCCAACAAAGAUGGGAAAGAACAGAGGUCAAAAACAACCAUUAAAGGAUUCAGAGCAUCAAGUAUUUUGAAUAGAAUCCAACUUCAUGAUUUUCAGACAAGUACAAAAAUUGAUGCCUUGAGGGAAGAAAUUCGAUUUAUGGUUGAAAGGGAUGGCUCUGCCAAGGCAAUUGUCUUCAGCCAGUUCUCGUCUUUCCUGGAUCUCAUUCACUAUUCCCUUCAAAAGUCUGGAGUGCACUGUGUCCAGUUAGAUGGGUCCAUGUCCAUGGGAGCUAGAGAUGCUGCUAUCAAAAAAUUUACUGAGGAUCCUAGUUGCAGAAUAUUUUUAAUGAGCUUAAAAGCAGGGGGUGUUGCUCUCAAUCUCACAGCAGCGUCACAUGUUUUCUUGAUGGAUCCGUGGUGGAAUCCUGCUGUGGAGCGGCAAGCGCAAGAUAGAAUACAUCGAAUAGGCCAAUACAAACCAAUCCGGAUUGUAAGGUUUAUUAUUGAAAACACCGUUGAGGAAAGGAUUUUAAAGUUGCAGGACAAGAAGGAAUUAGUAUUCGAGGGCACGGUGGGCGGGUGUUCGGAGGCUCUGGCAAAAUUAACAGAAGCUGAUCUGAGAUUCCUGUUUGUGACCUAAGUUGCAGCAGUCUGCUGGAAAAUUGUAGGAUUUUGUCGUGUCGAAUGUCGAUUGGUUAGUGUUUCUUUUUGAUUAACAAAUUGCUAAAACUAGUCUGGUAUUUUUGGCUCCUUUUGGCAAAGAAAGCUCACUAACUGUAUCAGUUCAAUAGACUUUUGAUGAUAUAAGGCAUUGAUAUGUUAAAUAGAUGUGUUACAGUUUUUGGCAUCUUAGUGAAGCUGCAAGAAAGGUUCUCCUAA